AUGGCCGCGGUCGCUGAGCCCCCUGCGGUGAUGGAGAAGUCGACCCACAGCUCGGCGGUCGAGGAGGACGGCGACGAGCCCUCGAGCCUGGUGGGAGGACAGCCCAUCAUCGACCACAAGAAGUACACCUUCUUCCAGGAGGCCUUCGACCUGGACUCCACCGAGGUCUUCAUCGACGACUUCGUCUGCGCGCGCAGGAAGAAGUUCCUCAUGCAGGGGCGACUGUACCUCUUCAACAAGCACGUGUGCUUCUAUUCGAACGUCUUUGGCGCCAACAAGGCGAAGGUUAUCCCCCUGCCAGAUGUCACCGCGGUCACCAAGGCCCGCACGGUCGGCAUCCCGAAUUCCCUCAAGAUCUCCGUCGGCGAGAAGCACGAGUUCUUCGCGUCGUUCCUGAACCGCGCGGAGGCCUACGACAAGAUCAUCGAGGCCUGGAUGGCCUGCUCGGGGAACGCAAAGGCCUUCCUGGCGACGCGGGAGAGCAAAAAGCACCUGUUGGCCAAGUUUGAGGACUCGGACAGCGAGGAGGACGAGAGGAGCGUCGUGUGGGAGCCCAUCAAGGGCCCGAUCCCGCCGCUCGACGCGGGGAAGGAGAGCCCGCAGCUGGUCCUGGAGACCACGCUGACGACCAGCGCGAGCCGCUUCUUCAACAUGCUGCUCGCCGACGACUCGAACUUCCAGGAGGCGUUCUCUUCGCAAGUGCUGGGCGACUGGGACGUGACGAUCAGCAAGUGGGGCGGCGAGCCGGACAUCGGCUACGUGCGCGACUUCACGUUCAUGAAGAAGAUCAAGAACGCGCCGAUGGGCCCCCCGAAGACGUUUUGCCACCAGACGCAGCGCCUGCGGGCGUACAGCGCGGACGGCAACGAGGCGAUCGUGCUGGACUGCUCGCAAGUGAUGAAGGACAUCCCGUACGGCGACCGCUUCUCGGUGUGCCAGCGCUGGGAGCUCGUCGAGGGUUCGGGCGGCGAGGCGUCGCUGAAAGUGUGGGUGUGGUGCCCGUUCUCCAAGGGCUGCAUGUUCAAGGGCGUCAUCGUGAAGCAGUCGACGAGCGAGACGCGCGAGACGCUCGAGUCCUGGGCCAAGUGCGCGGCGGAGCGCCUCGACCCGCGCAACAAGGCGCAGCCCGCAAUGGGCGAGAUGGACACCAUGAAGGCCGCGGCGCACAACGCCGAGGAGGGCGCGCGGCGGAGCACGGGCCUCCUGACGAAGCGGCUGCUGAAGUUCGGCGUCGCGGCGCUGCUCGUGGGGCGCGGCAACUUCAAGAAGGGUCUGCCGAUGGCGGGGAUGUUCCUGGCGGGGUCGCUGGUGGGGUGA